AUGGCGGGAGUUUUGUUUGUUUUUCUUAUUCUAUAUAAUGUUCUAUUGAGUUCUUGCAAACUAGAUGGUGUUAAGGAUGACGUAAACCCAUCCUCAAAUUAUGUGUAUUGGCCGAACGCAACAAUUCCAUUUUUUAUUAAUCCAGAUCAUUUUGAUUCAGAACAGUUUCAAUCUAUAUUGUCGUCUCUUUCGCUCUUCGCGUUCAAGACGUGCCUGAAAUUUAACCCAGUCAUGGCGGAACCAGUAGACCACCAUGUUUUGGUGAUAGAAAACCCGAAUGGAAGGAGGAAGUGCGAUAUAAAUACUGAAGCCCAUUCUUUGGGGGAACCGCACCGUAUCACACUGGGAUACGAAUGCCUCAAACCACCACACGUUGACGCACUAAUCAUGCGUGCGCUCGGCUUCCCCUUCGAGCACAACCGGGCCAGCCGGGACGUGUUUAUAGACGUGCAGUUUGAAAACAUUCAACCCGGUUACAUGGAUCUCUUUACGAAAGAUAAAAAGCUACCACCAGAGCUGAGAGUGCUUCCAUACGAUGUUAACAGUGUCACACAUUUCAGUGAGAGAGAUUUUAGUAAGAAUGGGCAUAAGACAAUUAUUUUUAAGGAUCGUAAUACAAAACAGAACCGCAUCGGUCUGUCGCCAACCGACAUCCGAAAAAUAGAAAUAGUAUACGGAGAUGAAUGCAGAAAACGCGAUCGGCAAGCAAAAAUAGACUUAUGCAAACGGUACCCGGGUGUGGUGCGCAAGAAACGAGAUCUAGAAAAUUCUAGAAGCCUCCGAGUUAACCCAGAUAUAACACCACCACCAGAAAAUGUAACUCUUGUAUCCGAAAGCAUCAAAGAACUGGGCAUAGUCAACGAAGUGGAAGGAAUCAUCCAAGAUAUAUAUAAGUUGACAGCUUUAGCCCUUAACAAUGCUAGACAGAAAUAUUGUAAUGCAUCGAAGGAAAUAUUGAGGACAGAUCGGAAAGCCGCUGUUGAUAACUCGAAACCAGAUAUAUUUGGAAUUAUAGAGCUAAUCACGGAAUACACAAAGAACAUUGUUGAUGACGCAAUGGGGAAUCUAACGCAGUUCUGCCUAGAAUCAGAAACUGUUGAUGGUUUCUUCAGAUCGCGAUGUGGGUGGUACGACAGCAACAAUAACAGAUGUCCGCAAUACUUUAAGUCGACGAAGUCUGGUCGGGUCAAGUACUCCACGCAGCACAGGCCUGUGUAUCACCAAUCUACGAAACAUAAGGGAAGAGCUGUGGUGUACAAUUACGAUCCAUCCGGUUUGCGAACUGGGAAUGCGAAUGGCACAGAUAAUAAAAACGAUAGACAAAAGAGAAGUGUUGCCAGUGAAGCUACAGAAGCGACUGUUAAAAUCGAUGCCACAGAUGAUGUCAAAAUACAGACUGAUGGAAAUAAUUCGAAAGACGUUUUGCGUAUGGCAACAACUGUGCGUGGUCAGAAAGGGGUUAAUUACGCGCCGAUCAUGAGAAGAAAUGUAAAACGUUAUAGAAUAAGGACAACAGAAAGCAACAUAGACAUGCAAGAUGAGCCACAGAGCAUCGUAAGAAAGAAGCAUAAAAAAAUAUCGUAUGAUCAGUCGGGAACCGUGGACGACCGAGUAGUGGAGGAUAUUGGGAACGGAAAUGGAAGGGAAAGACCACGAAAACGAUUACACAAAAUACGAAGGGAAAGCGCAUUACCGAAGAUCGUUAAACUUUCGAAAGAGAAUAAAGAGUUUUAUAAAGAAAGAAAAUGGCCUGAAAGAAUCGUACGAUAUAUUAUAACAGAAGAUCCCAGGUACGACAUUCAAGACAUGCGUGAUCGCUUGGCGGCAGUCGGUGAUAUACUGAAGAAUAAAACUUGUGUUCGCAUACAAGAGAUCACUGAAGACCAAGCUGAGAGCUUCUCAGAUUAUCUCGUUCUUGAUACGAGCCCGGACUACGUCACAGGCCGAGUGGGAGGGAGACAGAAUUUCGGCGUCCUAGAACUGUUUCGCGGCGGGCAACACCGGCAGCACGCAGCCAUGAUGGUAAUGGCGAUGCUGGGCUUCUACUUCGAAGUUUCCCGCCAUGACAGGGAUCGAUACAUUCGCGUGCAUAAUCGGCACAUACGACCAGACAAACUGCAUCAUUUCGAGAAGAUUCGAGAAGACGCCACGCUACCGCUGCCAUACGACUACGCAAGCGCGACGCACCCGGCCUGGCAGUUCUGGAGGAAGCUGGGGAAAAAGGGUAUUUCCACGGUCGCCACUUAUAAGGACUUGGACCCAGAUGGCGGUAUAAUGAAGAUGCUGGGCCAGCACAGUGAACUACUCUCCAAGCACGAUCUCGUUAAAAUAAACAGUGUGUACGGAAUCCGUUGUUUUCGGAGCCAGCGUAGGAUGAAGAUUCGGGGGGACGUUUUUAAAUAAAUAAAUUUAAUUCU